AUGGAGCAGAAACAUCAGGAACUCAUUAAACGAAAUUAUUCAGUUCUUGUUAAAAAUAUGACUGCAGCAUGGGUUGCACAACGACUUUAUGAAGAUAUGAUUAUAUCGGAAGAAAUGCGAGAAAGUAUUAUGGUACAGAAAACAAGAUCUGAACAGAACAGAAAACUCAUAAGCAUUAUUUUGAAGAAAGGGCCUAAAGGAUUUAUUGGUUUUCGGAAGGCAUUGAUAAAGUCUGGACACAAAGAUUUAUCAAAACUACUUUUACAAAGCGAUGAUGAAAGUACAUUGACUGAUUAUGAGAAAACAUUAUCUGCAGCUCGAUCGCUAGUUAUUGAUGUCAAGAGCGGUAUAAACGUUCAAAAGACAAGAAAACAGGAGGAAUCAAAUACAAGGUGCAAAAUUCCUUUGGAUGACAAAAAUGACGUUUUUCUAACGGUUUCCGUUUACAAUGGCGGAGUAAAUGUUCAUAUUCGCCAUUUCAUGGAGAAAAAUGGGAAGUACUUUCCAACAAAACGAGGAGUGGUAUUUAACCUAGGACGCUGGGUAAGACUUGAAUCUCUCAUAGAGGAAAUCAGCAACUACCUAGAAACAUACUGGAAACAGACGGAGGAGAUCCAAUGGCAUGUAGGGGGAGGUGUAUUUGUAUCUCUUUCACCAAAGCAAUCUACUGUUGAUAUUAGACAUUACUGGAAACCGAAUGAUGCUGAAAAUCCAGUUCAUACAAAGAAAGGAGUAUGUCUAAACAGGGCAAAGUUCAGUAAGUUGCAAGCUUCUCUAAUAGAGCUCCAUGACUAUGUACCAGAACUGAACGAUGUAGAGUUGUGUACGUACAGUGAAUCUCACAGAAAUGCAGAAGGGAUGCUUUCAUGUCCCGAAUGCACUCCGUUUGGAAAUAAAUUGACAUCGUUUUCAAUGGAAUGCAAUGCAAGCGACUCACAAAAGGAUACACUUAACAUUGAUAUCAAUGACUCGGGAAGAGAAGAAGAUGAAGAAGAGGAAGGACAUGGCAUUGAUUUCAAUAUACUGGAAUUUUGA